CUGACGUUUCAACUUUAUAAGCGGUACGCAGAUUUUGAUGCUUAUUUGAAGUGGAAGGAAAUAGUGAAAUGAAGAAAUAUUUGCAUUUGUGUAUUUAAGCUGUGUAUUCUUCAUAAAAUUUACAACUAUCGACUGCGCAAGAAACUGGAUCACUUCAGCACGAAUCCAAAAUGGCGCUCCCAUCCAACUACAAACAAAAUGCACCCAUUUCGACACCCACAACGCAACGAUUGCGUCCGUCCGGCUCGAGUUCCGACAGUCGCAAGCCGGACAAUUCGAGUCCCUUCAUGCACAGUCCCCACGGAAAUCCAGCGUUCACACCGCAGAAGCUAGGCAAAUCUGCUGCCACAGCGGAGGCGAAAAUAAUUAAGCCCCCAAAGGCACCGGAGAAACCCCUAAUGCCGUAUAUGCGAUACUCGAGGAAAGUAUGGGACUCGAUCAAAGCAUCCAAUUCGGAUUUAAAACUGUGGGAGGUUGGGAAAAUAAUUGGACAGCAGUGGCGAGAUUUGCCGGAGAGUGACAAGGAGGAAUACAUAGCGGAAUAUGAAACUGAAAAACUGGAAUACGAAAAGAAUCUCAAAGCGUAUCACAGUUCACCGGCUUAUUUGGCUUAUCUGACCGCGAAAAAUAAAUUGAAACCUGGUGGUGAUGGUGAUGGCCAUGAGAGUUCCAGGUCCGGUUCGAAGAGUACUCAGCAAGACCGCAGGAUCGAUAUACAACCGGCUGAAGAUGAGGAAGAUCAGGAUGAUGGUUAUUCGUUUAAACAUGUUGCAUAUGCACGAUACUCGCGUAAUCAUCGUCUUAUAAAUGAAAUAUUUUCGGAUGCCGUUGUUCCAGAUGUUCGCUCGGUGGUAACCACGCAAAGAAUGCACGUUUUGAAAAGGCAAGUUCAGUCAUUGGCAAUGCAUCAAAUGAAGUUGCAACAUGAGCUUCAACUGAUUGAAGAAAAGUUCGAAACUAGAAAACGUAAAUUCGUUGAAUCAAGUGAAAUGUUUCAAGACGAACUGAAGAAGCACUGCAAACCGGCAGUAGAUGAUGAAACUUUUCAAAAAAUGGUUGAACGGCAAUAUGAAGUGUUGAAACGUGAAAGAUUGCGUACCGUUGAUGAUCAACAAAAAGUGCAGCAGGGUGUAUCCCAAAGCACGAAGCCAGACGAUCAGCCAACAGAAAGUGCUGCACCAGCACCUCCAGAAGGUAAUAUUUCCAAUGCAGCUGUGCCGGCUGAAGAACCACGUCAAGAACCUGUUGUGAAGCCAGUGGAACCGCCAGUUACUAGGAAAGAAGAAAAAGAUGAAGCAAUGAAAACAGAUGACACUAUCAAAGCGGAACCUCCUGUUGCACAUAAGUCGGCGGAGGAGAUUAUGAAGCCCAUGGAGAAUAAACACCCUUCACCGGAACAAAUAUCUCCAUUGGCUCCUGCAGCACCCACGGGACCUGUAGCUCCGUCUCCAGAACAUUAUCGCCCUCCACAACCCCAAGCUGCAAACAUUCCGGAACAUAAACAGGAAGUUCCAAUACCAUCCCCUGUUCUGGUUGCACCUCCACCAGCUGCUGCCACCCCUCCACCACCACCUCAUCAUCAUAAUCCACCAGCUCCCACUUCCGCUCCCUCGUCCCCGUAUCCGCCGAAUCCUCCACACAGUAGCGAGUCCAAUGUUCCGCCACCGAACGUGACAGUCCCUCAUCACCAGGGACCCCCUCCUCCACCACCCGGCCAUCAUAUGCCACCUCACAUGCAGCCUCACCCCGGCAUGCCAUCUCAUUCGGGCUAUCCUGGAUAUCCACACGCUGGUCCUCCUCGUCCUUACUAUCUUCCAACUGCUUACGGUGCUCAUCCACAACCAUAUGGUCAGUAUGGCCACUACCCCUAUCAUCAACAGUAUGCACCACCUCCACCAGGGCAGUAUAUGCCAGGACCACCACGUCCAAGCCACGGAGGGCCAAUAGGUCACUAUGGGGCUGAUCCUCACCAUGGAGGGCCAGCUGGAGAUGGACAUCAUCCACACUCACCGUACGGACCAGGGCCAGCUUCGGGCGGGGCUCCUUCUCCAAGUGGCAGUGGGCCCACUCCAGGUGGACCAUUGCAACCGUCCGUUCAACCAGGCGGACAUCCAGGGGACAGUGACAUCCCGGAGAAACCCGAGAAACCGGAGAAGACUCCUGCGAAGAAGAAAAAGUCAAGCAAGAAGGAUGCCGAGAAGAAAAUUAUUCACGAUGAUUAAUAUGGCUAGCAGCGCCUUUAUGCUUUGGGUGAAAAUAUAUGACAUUAUUUCGAAUACAUUUAUAAUUUAUCAUGCAAUGGUUAACACACCAAUAUAAUUAUUAUCUACCUAUUUGUCAAACUAUUGUGUAAUGAAUUUGCUCGCUGGGAUAUGAAUAUGUUUUUUUUCGUUUGCUAUUAAAGAAAUCCUAUGAAUUUUCGGAAUCACAAACAACAAUUUGAAUCAACUAUAACAUAUUUUUGGUGGAUCGUUAACUGAUGAUUCAUAUGAUCAUAUUAGAACACAAACAAAUGUAGGGUAUAUAGUGGCAAUAUGGUCCCCCUAAGAACUAAACGUCCUAAAUCAUGUAUGAACAUCUAUAAAUUAUGCUACAUAUUAAAACCUCACGAUUUGAAACCUUAUUGAUCAAUGUAGAUCGUAUGAAUACGUUUAAAAAAGAUUCAUGUUUAAAAAUUACACUUUUAAAAAUGUGUUCCAUUUCCGUCGAUCGAAAACACUACGGGUUAAAAUGGGGCACCAUGGGCAAUACGACCAUGUUUAUUGAUUGAAUAAUUCAAGCAUGUUUUUGUAGGGGAAUAACGUAACAAGUUCAUAAAACGAAAGCUUAUUCUAUUUUGCAACUUUCACGUGUAUUCUAUUGGAUUUAAUUCAGUUUGCAUGUACAAAAAAUAACAAUGUGAUCGAAGUGAUUGGACUAAAAUUUUACGUUGCUCAAAUCAGGAACAUAGAAUAUCUGUGCAUCGAUAGCAUUGGUUCCGUUUAUCGCCACCCGUAGAGGAACUGAAUUGAGUCACUCAGUAGCAACUGGAAUGGAAUAUUCUAUAAUGGUUAAUUCUUGCUCAGCACCCAGCGCUCAUCUGCCUUUUUCUCCGCAUUGCUAGGAUUUUGGAAUUUUUGGUCUGCACCUGUUGAAUAAAGAUAAUAAUUUUUAGUUUACUGUGUGCUCCUAUGAAAAAAAAGAUAGUUACUGGAAUCACUGAUGUUUUAUCGACGUUGAAUUGCUUUUUUGGUGGAGUGUUGUAUUUCUGCUGUACGUCCUCCAGUGAACCGUAGAAUUUCCCGACUUACUUCUGGUGUCCGAAGUGAGAUUUGUGGAUGACACUUUCGAAAACCAGCCAACCAAUCUAUUCCGGCUAAUUGCUUUUACUAUUGAAAGGGUGAGAAAUAUGGAGCAGCAAAGGAUCUGCACAACGUAAAUAACGUUUAAGUGUUUCUCGCGGGACACAAUGCACUAAGGGGCUGUCCACAUAUCACGUGGACAACAUUAGGCGGGGUAGGGAUCGCGAAAAUGUCCACGGUGGGCGAGAAGGGGGUUUAGAUAAUAUCCACGUGGACACGAUAAAUUUUCAAGCGGUGUUUUCAAGAAUUAUUGAACUUUUUGCCCUCUCAGUACUGUGUUUUUUAAAAAAGGGUUGAGCUGCUUGAGUGCAUCAAACAUCCGUAUUUUUCAUAUGGCAGAAUUUCUUCUCUGAAAUGUAUUCUGAAAGUCAUUCAUAUGAACUGAGAGCGAUCGAUUUGUUUCCAUUGAUAGGAGAGAAUCAUGUAUUCCACUGGGAUGAAGACACUAUCGAAGAAUAUUACUAUUGUAUAAUACACUCGACAAAGAAAUUAGAGGAACAGAGUAUUAUGUUGAAAAUUUUAAGUGAUUUUGAAAUGCUGUAACUCCGUGAAAAACCAACAUACAUCAUUCAAAAUCAUCAACUUCAACAUUUCAAAGCUUCAAGUAUAUAUUACGGACACAUUGUUAUCUUGGUGUGUAUGAAUGUAGUGAAUAAAAAUAUAGGUACAAAUAAAAACACAUCCUCUUUCUGUUAUUUCAAGGUCUUUCGGGACGUUUAGCUAAAUAAGUCAAAAAAAAUCCAGUCAACCCUAUCAACCAGUUUUCAUUGGAUUCCAAGAACUUUCCUGUAGAACCUUUUAAUACAAAGUUAUGUUUGUUUGAAUGAAAAAGUGCUCCAUCGUCUUCGAUGAUUAAUAAUUUAAUAAAUGAUGAACGCGCUGCAGUUUUG